AUGUCAUCAGAAGGCGCGGCAGGUCAAUACCAGGUUCUUGAGGAGCUGGGAAGUGGCAGUUUUGGAGUCGUCUAUAAGGCAAUUGAACGGAGUACAGGAGAGAUUGUUGCAAUUAAACAUAUUGAUUUGGAAUCCAGCGAGGAUGACAUUCAAGAAAUCCAACAAGAGAUAUCGGUUCUCAGCACUUGUGCCAGUCCAUAUGUCACCCAGUACAAAGCCAGUUUCCUCCGAGGACACAAGUUAUGGAUCGUUAUGGAAUACUUAGGAGGAGGGUCUUGCUUGGACUUGCUCAAGCCUGGGUGUUUUAACGAAGCGCAUAUCGCCAUUAUAUGUAGGGAGCUUCUCCUUGGACUCGAAUAUCUCCACCAGGAAGGAAAGAUACACAGAGAUAUCAAGGCUGCCAAUGUUCUACUCUCGACCACCGGAAAAGUUAAGCUGGCAGAUUUCGGAGUAGCUGCGCAGCUUACAAACAUCAAAUCACAACGGAACACUUUCGUAGGAACUCCUUUCUGGAUGGCGCCAGAGGUUAUUCAGCAGGCUGGCUACGACUUCAAAGCAGAUAUAUGGUCGCUUGGGAUCACGGCUAUGGAGAUGAUCAAUGGGGAGCCACCAAAUGCUUCUGUCCAUCCUAUGAAAGUCCUAUUCCUGAUACCAAAGGCGCCAGCUCCCAAACUCGAGGGUAGCCAGUAUAGCAAAGAUUUCAAGGACUUUGUGUCGCAGUGCUUGGUAAAGGACUGUGACAGAAGGCCAAGUGCGAAGGACUUGUUAAGGCACAGAUUUAUUCGAUCUGCCGGAAAAGUUGAGGCUCUCCAAGAGUUGGUGGAAAGAAAGCAGGAAUGGGAUGGUGUUAGAACAAGACCUUCACAUCCCAAGUUUUACGAGGAGACUUUGAAUAAUAUGAUGCCCAAGAGCGACUCGGAUGAGUGGGUCUUCGACACCGUAAAGGCGUCUACGAUCGCGAGCAGGAAGAACACAACUAAGAGAAGAAAGCUCUCUGUUAUCCACGCCAACGGUCAAGGAUUAAAUUCCGGAGCCGAAGAAGCUUUCAAGAGACUUGAUCUAAAGGACGCACCUUUGGAAUACUCGUCCCCUCCACCUAUGUCAGGCACCGUAAAAAGACACACGAUACGAAAGCAACCAUCAAUCAUGAAGCUUGCAACACCCACUAAGACACGACAAGUCAGCUCUUCUCAAAAGAAGCCACUCCAACCAGAUAUGAGUUUUGGCAAUUCCGGAUCGACCGUUCGCUUAUUCCGUCGUGUCUCUGAUAAUUCUACAACAGCGCAAGUCAGCUCUGAUGUUUCAGCUCCAGGUUCGACGCGAGAUGAAAACAGACCCCCUAUGACAGAAACCGUGACCAAGGACGCUCUCUACGGUCGAAGAAUCUUUAACAAGAUGGUGGAUCCUUCUUUCCAGGAGAUUCAUGCGCAAACUGGGAACCAAGCUAAGAGAGAAGCGCUUUCUCGCUUAGCUGAUGCCUGGAGUGCAUUGAAUGAAGUUGAUCCAGAAGGCGAAUUUCAAUUCGUCAAAGCCCUAAUGGAAAAAGUCCAAUCUGAUCCCAAACUAUCCGUAAUCCUCUCACCUACCAAGGCUUCAAGCCGCGAUGGUACACCCCAAGCCUCGCCCCAAAAGCCCGGUUCCAAACUCGUCUUGGCUCAAAACAACCCCCAUCUCAAGAGCCACCGACGACGCCAAACAAGUCUCAUGCCCGAAGCCGAGAAGAUCUCAAAUCUCCCAGGCCAAACCAUUCCUGGCAUGGAGCACACCAAACAACUCACAGAUGUGCUCUACGGCCGUUGGGCAGGUGGACUCCGAACCCGUUGGCCUGCUGUAUAA